AUGGCCAGCUCUCCGCCUCCCGCCCCUUCGCCCGUAGGCGAAGAUAGCUGGCUUGACUACAUCGAACAACGGCGCCGCCACGCGACAGGACUGGAGCAACGCAUCCGUGUUGUUGAACUCUACCGCGCCGCCGUCAACGCCGAGCCUGGCAGCAUACGCGUGUGGAUCGCCUACUGCGAAUACUUCUGGGCGCUCUAUUUCGAGUGCAUGCAGCGGAGCGGCAGCGUUGCUGCCUGGCCUCAGGACGAACAGCAGGCCGCUUGCGACAUCUUUUCGCUCGAUGCAGCUCUCCACCUGUGGAGCGAAGGUCACGAAGCGACCAAGUACCGCCUCAGCGACAGUCACGAGCUUUGGAAUCGAUGGAUUGCAUUGGAGCGUGACCUUCUCGACCGGACGCGCACCGUCGAGGGCGUUCGGCGCAUAACCCAUCUAUAUCGCAAUCGCUUGACAAUACCACAUGCGGCCUGGGACGACACGUCUUCGGCGUUUAGCUCCUUUUUGUCAGAGUACAACCCAGCCGCCUACGAAGACACGAUGCGCGCCGUGACGGAGCAAUCGCGAACUGCAAGAGCCAUCUACGAACAACGCGAUCCAAUGGAGAUGGCAUUGCGGGCGGCCAUCCGUGCCGGCGACGAAGAGGCUCACCGCGAAGCCAUGUCGAGAUAUCUGGGGUGGGAGGUAGCAAACACCCUGGCCGAGCGGAACGACAAGGUUUUGGCCAUGCGCGUUGCGCUGGGUCUUUUCGGACGCGCGUUGACCAGCGUCUUCCAAACAGACGACACGGCUUGGUCCGACCUGGUUGUUUUUAUCUCGCAGCUUCGGAGUGAGUUGGGAGACGGCCCGAACCGCAACGAGGAACUGGCGCGUUUUCUUCCGAAUAGCCUCGAUGUUUUGCAGCGCGCCGUCCAGCACUGCCCCUGGUCUGGCGCCCUCUGGGUUCGGUAUAUCAUCAGCGGUGAGCAGGCAAGUCUCAGUUUCUCCGACAUGGAACGUAUAAAGCAUGCUGCCACAAACAGUUCCUUGGAUCGUGACGGUAUGGCUGCGGUUGUCGACAUGUAUGCUGCUUGGUGUGGCUACCUGCGCCGUUGUGCCAUUGAUCCGAAUGCGUCCGACGAAGCUGUCGAUCUUGCUGAUUCUGGCCUCGUGGCUGCUCUCGAAGCCGUCCAGGUCUGGGGCGAGCGUCGAUUCGGCAGCGCCUUCCAGGGCGACCCCAACUUCCGCCUCGAACGAAUCAUGAUCUACCACCUGACCGAAAAGCACGGCGCCAUUGAUGAGGCACGCGAGCACUGGGAGAAGUUGGCUAAAAAGGAACUGCUCGCCCAUGACUACAGCUUCUGGUUAAGCUACUAUCUGUGGGAGAUGAACCUUUUUCAGUCACAGAAAGGAACCGGCCGAAGCCCAACGCCAGCACCCCCGACACGAAUGUCGCGCACGCCGACGCGCCCCGCAAGUGUUCUCAGCCGAGCCCUGCACGAUCCCCAAUUGAAUUGGCCCGAGCGUAUCAUGGAAAUCUAUUUGCAACAUUGCAACGACUUUGAAAGCUCUGACGUUCUGCGCGGUGCCCUCGACGAUGUACACAACAUCCGAAAAGCCAUAGCGCAACAACGCAAGGAGGCCGCAGCGGCACAAGCCGCCGCCCAAGCCGAUGCUCAAGCACGGACACAGGCUGGAACCUACGUAGGGACAGGACCCGCUACUUCUGUCGAAGCUAGUACCGGCCACCGAGAACCAGAGCGUGUACUUGAAGAUCCGACUUCUGGGGUGAAACGAAAGUGGGAAUCGAAUGCCAACAAGGACGCUACCGGGCCUGCGACGAAAAGGCCGAAAAGCGAGAACGGUUCUGCCCAAAGCGAUGAACAACAAAACCAUACCCUCAAACGUGACCGCGAAAACACGUCCGUCUUUGUAUCCAACCUGCCGGUCGACGUUACAUCUACCAAGGUGCGGCAAUAUUUCCGCGAGUACGGCCACAUCAACAACAUGCAGCUCAAGAAGGAGGACCAUGGCAAGUCUAUGGUCGCGUUGGUUGAGUUCAGGUCUGCUGAGGAUGUGCAGUCUGCAAUGAUUCGCGACGGGAAGUACUUUGGUGACCGUAAUAUCUCUGUCAAACCGGCAACGGGCAUUACACUCUACAUCACGAACUUUCCACCGUCGGCCGAUGAUGCAUUUAUCCACCAGCUUUUCGAUCAAAGUGGAGACAUAUUCGGCAUUCGGUGGCCGAGUCUGAAGUACAAUGCACACCGUCGCUUCUGCUACGUGUCGUUCCGCGAUAGCGAGUCGGCCUCCAAGGCCACAAAACUGAAUGGACAGUUGCUCGAGGGCAAGUACAAAUUGUCGGUGCAGUACUCCGACCCUUCAGCUAAGAAGGCACGAGACGGGGCUACAGACGAAGGCCGCGAAGUGCAUGCCAAAAACAUUCCGUUUGAUGCGGACGAACAGGUCAUUGAGACUCUCUUCGCCAAACACGGAGCUGUUGAUCGUGUUCGCCUUCUGCGCAACAUUGCCGGCCGCAGCCGUGGCUCUGCUUUCGUCGUCAUGAAGACCAAGGAGGAGGCGAACCGGGCAGUGUCAGAACUAAAUCAGGUCAAAAUGGGUUCUCAGAUUCUAACUGUUGAAAUCUCCGUGCCGACAAAUUCCCGACCCUCGGCACGAGAAACGUCUGUCGCCGCAGAGUCAAUAGCUUCCGGGGUAGCCGGCGGCGACGACUCACAUGACAGGUCGAACGGUGCCGACGCCAAAGAUGCAGACAAAGAGGCACUUCGCAACCGGACGUUUGCUCUCCUCGGCAUUCCAGACACGGUCAACAUCGCCCGUGUUCGGGCGUUGGUGGAGCCCCACGGCCACAUUACGAAACUUGUGCUUCGUGCCGAUCAUGGCGGCGCCAUUGUCGAGUUUGCGGAUGCGGUCGCGGCUGGCAAAGCGCAGUUGGCGCUCGAAGGCGCGCAACUCGACCAACACACCCUCCGAACCGGCACUGUUGCCCAGCUCUUCAAGGAGAAAGCCGAAGUCCGCUCCGACCGGAUGGACAAGCCUGCGCCGCGUCCUCCAAAAGCGGCUACCUCGUCGACCACUCCCUCGAAAAAGAGCGCGGGCCCGACGGCAGCAGCACCGACGGAAUCCGCAACAACUUUAAUGCCCACUCACAUGAAGCGCCCUGUCCUGGGUGGCAAAGGUGCGAAACGGGGCGUUGGAUUCACUGCACUGUCGGCAUCGACAGGUGCCAAAAGCAACGGUGAACCUACCACCAUCAAUGGCACAUCGACGACCGCCUCUAGAUCGGAACCAGUACCCACGAAGAAGUCGAAUGCCGAAUUUCGUGCCUUGUUCCUUAGUACCGGAGCAAAUGCAGACAAAAAGGUAGAAGGCGACAACAAAGACGACGGCAAUGGAGGCAAGGAGAAGGACCACAAGAAAGGCAAGGCAAAGCCCGCUGAUGUUGCCGAGGAAGAUGCCAGAGCAACAAUGCCAUGA